CCGCCCACUGUGGCGGCACUUCCGGCGCGUUCCCGGCGUGCCCCGCGACUCCCGGCAAGAUGGCGGACGUGCUGGAUCUUCAUGAGGCGGGCGGAGAGGAUUUCGCUAUGGACGAGGAUGGGGACGAGAGCAUCCACAAGCUGAAGGAAAAAGCCAAGAAGCGCAAGGGCCGCGGCUUCGGCUCAGAGGAAGGAUCCCGCGCUCGGGUGCGUGAGGAUUACGACAGCGUCGAGCAGGACGGGGACGAGCCGGGACCGCAGAGAUCCGUGGAGGGCUGGAUCCUCUUUGUGACAGGGGUGCACGAGGAGGCCACAGAGGAGGACGUGCACGACCGAUUCGCCGAAUUCGGGGAGAUCAAGAACAUCCACCUCAACCUGGACCGGCGCACGGGAUACUUGAAGGGUUACACGCUGGUGGAGUACGAGACGUACAAGGAGGCGCAGGCGGCCAUGGAGGGGCUCAACGGGCAGGAGCUGAUGGGGCAGCCGGUCAGCGUGGACUGGUGCUUCGUCAGGGGCCCUCCCAAGGGCAAGAGGAGGGGCGGGCGCCGGCGGAGCCGCAGCCCGGACCGGCGCCGCCGAUGAUGGAUCCAAACCCUUCCACACCCGUUCCUGUUCCCAGUCCAAACUGGGGCCAACUGGGGCAAACUGGGGCCUGGCACACAGCCUCCAGGAGCCGAACCAGCUCCGUCCCCGGGGAGAUUGGGAUUUUAUUAUGGAAUUCGCUGUUUUCAAAGGAGGGAUAAGAGGGUUUCCCUUAGGUUUUUGGGAUUUUGGGGGAUCCCUCCCAGCCCCAGAUCCCAGAACAUCCCGGGAGUUUUUUUUUUUUCCCGUGCCCUAAAUUUCCGCUGGUAUUUAUCCCACCCCGGGAAUUCCUUGUUUUCUGUUAAAUAGCAGGAUUUUUUUUUUUUUGUCUAAGUUUGUCUCCUUUUUCUCUGGCCUUCAUUAACGCUCCCCAGCCCCUUAUCCCAAAAAAUCCCUCCCCGUCCGGGGGCUCCGAGGAUCCUGCGGAUCCCUCCCGGCCUGGCAGCGGAACGACUCCGGGUCUUUUGGGGAAAAAAAAAAACCAGAAAAUCUCUUUUUUCCCUUAAAA